ACAAAACACCGUAGGGGUGCUCUAAUAGUAGGUAUCGGAAUGUCGUCGUAGAGGUACCUAUAUUUCUUUGACGUAUCACGACAUUAAGAUUUUGAAAACGGAACGAACGUGUGGGGCCCAAGUGCGGCCGGGCUAUCAAUACGACAUUCGAUGCUUUGACACUUUUGAUAGUGACAGCACAGCACAGUGCAAGGCAAGUACAAAGAUAUUUGAGGUUAGAAUGUAUUUCAGACAACGAAACAGAAUUUUGCAUUGAAAUAAAAAUAAAAUUUUUACAUAUUGUAAUCAUAGUUUACAUUUUUAUAACCAUGGAUAAACUAACAGGAAUUUCGUCUAAACUUAAAGUUUCCACAAAUGAGAUCUCAGCGGAAAUAAUACAGGUUGUCAUGGUACAAGCAAAGAAGCACACAAAUAGUCCAAAAGUUAUAGGCAAAGAGUGGAAUGAGAUAGCUGAACUUUUGUGGAAACACUUGCAGACUGGCCUAACCAAAUAUGACGACCAACUACUUUGUGCCACCUGUUUCUUUUCAGUUCUACCUCUCACAGAGAACCAAGACUUUUAUUUGACCAGUAUACUUCUUGUCAUCAACAAGGAAUUGGAUCUGAGAAACAUGAAUUAUGGAGAAGAAAAGCAUAAUUUCAAAAUAUCAGAAGUUGUAUCCGUUAUGUAUGGCUUAUUUCAAUCUGCGUUUUUGACACAAUCGUCAACAGAAGAUUUAAACUGCAUGGACAGUAUUUUAAAAUCAUCUUUCAAUUUGUUAUUAUUAUUGGCAUAUGAAUAUUCAAGAUUUACAUAUAUUGCAUUCAAGACUAUUAAUUCAUUUAAGAAAAUCAUUGGAACAACAUUACAUGGGCAUAUUUUUGACACAGCUGGGAUUAUUUUACUUCUCAAUUUGGUGAUACACAACUGGGAGAAUCCAAUCACUGGUGUUAGGGAUUUAAAUAGAGGAAUAUUUCAAAUGGUAAUUUCUAAUCUAACUAGAGAUAUGUAUGAAGAUAUUUUCAAACAAAUAAAUGAUUUCUACUGGAACAAAGCAAAAUAUUUGAUGCUAUCAGAGAUAAUAGAAACUUACACAUAUUGUUUACAAUAUAAUAUUCACGAUGUUAUAAAUAAAAGUGAUUGGGUGGAUGGCCUUAUGUAUAGUCUGUGCAAGUCUGGGCUAGUUUCUGCUGGAGCUGACAUGUAUUAUGCAAUUUUGAAACAACUAAAAUCUGAUGAUGAAUGGUGUGGUUUGUUUUUAAAUAAACUACUACAAAUAUUGACUUCACAAAAUAUCAAAGCAAUAGAAAACUUUACUAACUACUGGUGUUUGACAACUUUCAAAAAAAUGCCCUCAUUGGCCAAGAUAUUGAUUGGAGAAUUGGACGUCGCUGAAAAUAGUGAGAACAAAAUAUACAGCUCUUUAUGUUUGCUAAAGCAAGCUAACAAGUUGGGGCUCUUACAAAAGGACUGGAGUGCUCCCGAGGUGACAUUCCCAAAGGAUUUGAUGCUUUGUGCAGUUGACAGUUGCAACACAUCUUUGAGAAUACAAGCAUUUGAUGUGGUCUGUGUGUCCCAAUGCAAAUCAAUGCCCCAGGCUGUGGAAUAUGAUGUAGUGUUAAGAUAUUUACAAGACAAUGUCACUUCAGACUGUACAGUACUUAGACUGAGCAUGUUCGAUAGUCUUAACAGCUUUUUGACACGAAUACAGUCCACAUAUAUGACUAAUUCAAAUGUAUACUCAAAUAUAAAUUUUCAAGUAUUAAUAUCCUUCUGUAAAAAACUCCAAAAUUUUAUUGUGGACUCUCUCAGUUUGAAUGGAAACUAUCAAAGAAAAAUCACAACUGUAAAAUUGUGUAAACUUGUGCAAGAUUGUUUUUGUUCUCCCCCAAGAAAAAUGCAAAAACAGGGAAGUCGAAUCAAAUCAUUAACAAUAUGUGAAAUGUUGAAGAAGGAAUGCUCCUGGAUUUUACACGAAAAUGUAUUUGUGAUGAAGUUACUUGGUCUAUUGAAUGAUCCUAGUGAUGAUAUUAGAGAAAAUAUAAUCCAGUUACUCCUCAAUCACUAUUAUAUGAAACUCAAAUGUCCAUUAAUAUUAAACCACGUCAUAGAUAAUGCUCUCAAUAGUAUGACAAGCAAAUUCUUCUAUAACAUCAACUGUGGACGAAGCAUGUUCAAAUUAAUAACAAACAUUUUAUUGGCCGAAGAUUCGACAGCGAAAUUCAAAAAUGCAGAAGAUGUUUUCCUAUUUGCAUACCAAGAAUUAGUUACGGAAAAUAAAUUAAGGACAGAUGUCGUGAAAUCAAUAGAAACUGGGAAACAGUUGCAUUCUUUGAUCACCAUAUUACAUGUGGUAUUAGAAGCUUGUUACCAAAAUACAUACAAAAUUGCACGUCUAGACGAACACUUUGCUGAGCUUGUAUCGAUUUUAGAAGAGGUAUCAAACCAAUUUGCUUGGGAAGAUACAUCAACGAGUUCUGAUUUCUCUAAAAUGAGUGAUAUGGUCGAAAUCAUGAUAUCGUUAUCAGGGUAUGACCCUGACAAGGAUCAAACCAAGAUAUCAGGGUUGCAUCAAAUCGUGCUCAACUGCUUGUGGCUAAAUGUUAAGGUGUCGUGUGAUUUGGCGUCUCUUCUCAUUCAAUUUACAGAAGAUAUAGAGUUGAUAAAUAAAUGUCUGAACAUAAUUGCUCGAGUCUUAGAAACUUGUCGCCAUAAAGGAGCUAUCGAAGCUGCCGGCGCUGCAAUUGGCAAAGCGAUUCAACAUUUGACUUCGUUGACCGAACACUCUGUCUUGCAACAACUGCCGUAUACACUACUCAAACAUAAGCUGAGAGAUCUCAUAUCAGAGGCUGGAGGGAUGUCGUCUAUAACUAGAAGGGGAGCAGGACUCUCCAUUAUGGUUCAUAGGAUCGUCUCAAGUGAUAUGAAAAGAGGAAAGCCCUUAUUCCACUACUUCAUGGAGACGCUACUGGCCACUUGCGCUUCAAUCGACAGUCCAGAGAGUGAGUCGACCAUAGACAACCAGAGGGACCUGCCGCAAGCGAUCUACAUCCACUUCCUGACGCGGAUCGUGACUGACAGCAGUCUGGCGUCAGACAUGAUGUACUAUUCUGCCAAGUUGGCUGCACUCGCGUUUGGCAACUUGACCAGCCCACGCUGGCAGAUUAGGAAUGCAGCUCUGCAGUUAUAUGGAGCUCUAAUUCCAAAACUAAUUGGUCAGAAGAAGGCUUCUGGGUCCGACGAUGAAACAGUGGCCACCGUCGCCUGUGACGAAUUCCGGACACAUUCCCCAGCCCUCUGGUGUCACAUCACGGAAUCUCUUGCGGCCUACAGUUACAAAACCGAAGUCCAAGCACAUUCUGACCUUGUGCCCAUACUGAACAUCUUAGGUAACAUCGCAAAAAGAUACAACUUUACAGUUGAUAUUGAAGCACAAACAUCGAAAGAUACUGGACUCCUAAAGAGCCUAAUAUUAUUACUCCACAGUCCAAUAUACACAAUUAGAAGAUUGACAGCCAAAUGUAUUUUUAAUUUAUUUUCAUUUGACGAUAUUUAUGAUGUUAUCGUCAAACAAAAUAUUAAAUCCGAGAAUUAUCUUCAUGGAAUCCUAAUGCUAUUGACAAUUUAUCACAAGAAGCAAUGUAAACAUUCUCAAAUGGAAAACAAUUAUGAAGUUCUGAAAGAUAAAUUCGAAAAUAUUUUGAACACUGGGAAACAUUCAUAUGUGUGCAAACAACUUUUUGAAGAAAUAUUUUGUAGCAAUGUUUUAGAUAUUAAUGAUUUACAUGAUACUCUGCUAGAGAUGAGAAACAAUGCAUAUAGCCCUGGUGUUCACUUGUGGGCCGAGAACAGAAUAGAAAAAAUUGUGGCAAAGAUGCCAUGGUCAAAUAUACCUGAGAUCUUAGAGACACUUUUACUCCAUGACUGUAAUAAAUUUGGAACAUUUAUUUUGAGAAAGCUGAAUUUUGACGAGUCAAUCCCAAAAAGCAUUCUCUUAGAAAUAUCAAACCAAUUACUAGUUUUCAGCCAAAAAUGGGAUAAUACAGUAAUCUGGGACAUGCUGUAUGUAAUAUCAUUGAAGGAAAAAAUAGUUAAUGUUGAUGUAAAUGCUGUUUUGAGUCAAAUUAAGGGCAAUGAUGUACCUUAUAAAAUUCGUUUUGCAAUACCCUUUGCUAUAAGAGUCUCCACAGAUCAUGAUAAUAUGAAGGUCAUAUCUGAAAUUCUUUUAAAUCUGAGUGACCCUGAAAUAAAUGAUACUGAUAUGAGAUACAUUGCAGCAUUGGCCAAUAAUGAAAUAGCACAGGAUUUUGAAAAAUUACCUGAUGAUAUAAAAAUAAAUGCCAUAACUACUGCAGUAAUUCUACUACAAGACGAAGAUGAAGACAUAAGAAACUUAAAUGUACAAUUUUAUAAAAACAUCAGAGGUGGCAUUGCAACAAACCCAUACAUUUGUUUACAUAAAAUAUUAAAUCAUGAAUUCUUAGAUGCCAUUUUAAAAAAUCCCAAACAGGGCAAACAAGACCUUUGUGAAAAAUUAAGCAAAGUAUUUGAAAUGAAAUCAAUUGAUGAUGAUGAAUACAAUCCAUUUGCAAAUGAAACCAAAAAUAUUUAUUGUGAAGUGCCAGUGAUCAGGAAAUUUAUUGAAAAAUUGAAGAGUUCAUAAAAUAUUUUUUAUUUUAAA